UAGAGUGCAAUCGCCAGAAAUUGCAAAAAGUAAAUUGCGGUAGCAAGCUGCCUUACAAUGCCUGAAGUUCUCCAGAAACUUAAUGAAUCAACGAUACGAGUGCCCUUUGAAACGCCCCGCUUAGCCGAGAUUGCUUACCGCGUGCUUAAAGUUGACCAGGAGCCUCGCCGCAAUUUCGUGAAAAAGACAUUGAGCCUGGAUCAGGAGAGUCUUGUGGUCCAUUUCGAGGCGGAUCAAGUAAAAAACUUACGUACAGCCAUUACUUCGUUCUUUGAGUGCUUGCUUUUGUGUCAGGAUACGAUAAAACAAUUUGACAAUGCCGGAACACAGCCCGGCACCAACUCCGCAUAG